AUGUGUCGGACCAUCAUACCGAACGAGCUGAUUAUUGUAGAUAUAUUAGACUGUUUCUCUGGUUUUGCUGGAGGCGUUUAAUAAUGUAUGAGCUGAUGUGAUGAAAACAGUUACAUUAUCUCAGAAGCGAACACGCUGAAUUCGUUGCAGUUGUUGUUUAUUUUCUCAGAAAAUGUUUGCCAAACAGUUUCGUGUCAAAUCCAACACCGUAAUCAAAGGAUCAGACAGGAGAAAGCUCAAAGCUGACAUAUCCGCAGCCUUUCCUUCACUGUCCACUGACGAGCUGUCUGAGCUGAUCCCCAACAAAGAGGAAUUAAAUGUAGUGAAGAUUUAUGCACAUAAAGGAGAUGCCGUAACACUCUUUGUGCUUCACAAAAAUCCACUGUUCUUUGAACUGGAGAAACGACUUUAUCCUACAGUAUAUGUCCUUUGGCGCUACCCUGCUCUCCUGCCAACAUUCAGGACAUGGCCUCCUGUGCUUCAGAAGUUAAUUGGAGGGGCAGAUCUCAUGCUGCCAGGUGUGGUGGUGUCUUCAAGUGGCCUCCCAGAUGUGAAAGGAGAUGACUGCUGUGCUGUUUCAGUAGUGAGCAAUAGAGCUCCUGUUGCAGUUGGCACUGCUGCAGUGUCCAGUGCAGAGAUGCGUAGUUUGGGUAUGAAAGGGAGAGGAGUGUGUGUUCUCCACACGUACAUGGAUAAUCUCUGGGCUUAUGGAGACAAGUCAGGUCCUCCUUCUUUACCGGAUGCAGAGAGUGAAGGACAAGCGGUGAGUGGAGAGGAAUGUGAGGUCGAUGAGGAGGAAGAGGUUCAGAAGAGUGUGGAGGAGGAGGUGGAGGAGCAGAUGCCCUGUGAAACAAUCACAGGUCAAGCCUGUUUCGGUAUUGAAGCACUGAGUCUGACUAAACAGGAGGAAGAGAAGGGUGAAAAGGGCAAUGAGGAAGAGGAAGGGAACCAGGACGACCAGAAAAUGCCACAAGAGAUAAUGGACGCCCUGCUGUUGCAGUGCUUUCUCCAUGCUCUCAAGAGCAAGGUGAAGAAGUCAGAGCUCCCUCUGCUGACCAGUACAUUUCUCCGUAACCACAUGUUCUCCUGCUGCCCCAGUGGAAAGCAACUUGAUAUCAAGAAGUCCAGCUAUAAAAAGCUGUCUAAGUUUCUACAGGCCAUGCAGCAGCAGCAUAACCUUGUGCGAGUAAAAGAACUGACCAAGGGUGUGGAGAGCAUUGUGGAGGUGGACUGGAAAAAUCCAGAACUGCGCUCCUUCAAUGUUCCUGAGGAGACAGAUGUUGAAGCAGCUACGGUGCAGGAGGGAGGGGAAGGAGAAACUCCGUACCAUCCUCCUGAGAUCACAACUCUGUACUCCGUGUCAGCUCGACUGGAGCCUCUCUUUAUGGAUGCAAACAAGAGGAAAGGAACAAUACUGCAGCCUGCUGAAGUGAGAUAUAUUGUCACAGAGUAUGUGAAGAAGAAUGAACUGGUGGAUGAAAGAAAUAAGAAUUACGUGACCAUAAACCCUACUCUGUGUGACUGCUUGCUGGAGAAGUCUGAGUACCAGGAGGUAGAGUCUCUCAAGUGGGAUGACCUUUUUAGCAGGACAUUGGGGAGAAUGCAGGAGUGCUAUCAAGUUGUAUUUCCUGGACAAGCACCCAUAAAAAAGAAGGGCCACAUCGAGCCCAUAGACAUCUCUGUGGCUUCUCGAGGCUCAAAUAAGAAGGUGACUCUAAUAAAGAACCUGGAAGUGUACGGUUUGGAUCCUGCAGCCGUGGCCACUGCUUUGCAGCGCAGAGUCCAGGCCAGCUUCGUCUUACAGCCCAUCCCUGGAGCCAAGGACAAAGUCCUGGUCCAGAUCCAAGGCAACCAGAUUCAUCAAGUCAGCAAUUUGCUGCUAGAUCAUUAUCAAAUUCCUCGCAAGUACAUCCAAGGACUAGAAAAAGCUUCAAAAGGAGGCAAGAAGAAGUAGCAUUUCAACCUGCAAUACCAACCAUUUACUGUCUUUAAAGCUGCUUUACUGUAUGUAAACACAACAACAACAAACUUUCAUUCAUGCAAUAAAGUUGGUUUACUGUAAUGUC